AUGAACUUUACAGAUGAUUGUCAUGCCAUUACAUCUGGAACAGAACCUAUUGGCAGAACUCCAUGUACUCAUUCUAUUUGUGUUACUGUUAUUGAACCGAGAAUGUUGGCUGGCCAAUAUAUUGGUAAUAAUGUAAUUCGUGGUUGUUUUUCUUCAGUUUUCAAGUAUGGAGAAUUGUCUACUGAAAAUCUUGUUGAUACUUCUUGUUCUACCUUUCCAAUGCGAGCACUUUUACCUAGACAUAUGGCCCUUAAAUCAAGCAAUAGAACUGUGGAAUUGUGCCGAUGCAUUGGAAAUUUGUGUAAUGAUUACCCUCGUUCUCCACAAACAAAUUCAACAGAAACAACCACCAAAAAUUGGCCUUUCAUCAACAGAAUUAUUUUUACAACAUUUUUGUUUUUAUUAAUAUUAUUUAUACAAUAA